UGUCACGCAGUCUAAUUCAAGUUAAUUCAGUCGAGCGAUUCUAUUCAAAUAUGACGACAUUCGAUGCAGUCAAUAAAGUUUGGAAAGCUCCUAAAGCCGCUUACCCUCGGCCGCUGGACAACUACUUCGGCGAAGAGUUGUUACGAACGUUGAGCGAGUCACCGGAUGCAAUAUUGGAGAUAAGUCACGAUGAAAGUUAUUCAAUGUCUCGCAAAGAAGCCAGAGAACUGACUAUAAAUGUGGCACGAAAUCUGAUGAAAUUGAACGUACAACCUAAUGAUGUAAUUGGAGUAAUUUGUCGAAACUCAAAAUAUCUCCCAGUGCUUAUUUAUGGGUGUAUUGUCGUCGGUGCCCCCAUUAAUCCACUGGAUAAUUCGUUUGAUAGCCAACACAUAAAACAUAUUUUUGGUCAGACUAAACCAUCAUUGAUUUUCUGUGAUGCUGAAGUUUAUCACACCACGAAAUUAAUCUUGGAAGACCUUGCAAAUGACGCCAAAAUAUUCACUUUGAGGGAGAAACUUAAUGAUGUUGCAUUCAUUGACGAGUUGUUACAACCGACUGACGAUGACAUUGAAUUUGUGGCACCGAAAUUCGAUGAGCCAGCGGAUCAGAAGCUCUUAGCAAUCAUAUGCACAUCGGGAUCUACAGGCUUUCCGAAGGGAACAAAGAAAACACAUGCCAACUUUAUGAACUUUUCUAAAGCGAUCACGAUUCCCACACCGCAUAGAACUCUGAAUUUUACACCGAUCUACUGGACCACCGGAUUCAUUGCUACCAUUUUCGCUCCACUACGCUUAACUGAGUGCAAAGUGUCAACAAUAAAGCUCUUCAGCCCAGAACUGUUGAAAGAAAUGGUUGAAAAAUAUAGAGUUCAGACUGUGUUUUUGUCAUCACAUCAUCUCAGUGUAUUUAUGGAGUCACCAUUAGCAGCUACAAUUGACUUUUCCAGCGUAAGAAUGCUCUAUAGUGGCGGUGGAAUCAUAGGUGGACAGCUUCGACGGAAAUUGCGUAAAACUUUUCCGAAGACUUUGUUUAUGAGCGCCUAUGCAAUGACUGAAAUAUCAGUGUCGCUGUUGAGUCCCGGAAAAAUUUACAAACACGAGGCUUCCAGUGGUAAUUUACAACCAAAUGUCGAAGUAAAAAUCAUUGAUGACGACGGUUCUAAAUUAGGCGUUCGAGAGCGAGGAGAAAUUCUCGUGAAGUCACUGUUUCCGUUCUCGGGCUACUACGCUAAUUCCGACGAAUCGCUGAAUGCUGUCGAUUCGGAAGGAUUUUUCAAAACCGGUGACAUUGGUUUCUUCGACGAUGACACAUCGCUAGUGGUAGUCGACCGGAAAAAGGAAUUGUUUCAUUAUAAAUCAUAUCACGUCAAUCCGUCGGACAUCGAAGAUGUGAUUCUAUCAAUGGAAGGUGUUGCUGACGUUGCUGUUGUAGGAAUCAGUGAUCCGAGAGCGCAGUACCUCGCCACUGCAGCUGUAGUAAAAAAAAGUGGAUUCGAUGAAGCAAUUACGGAGCGGACGAUUGUGGAUUUUGUAGCAAAUCGCCUGCCAUUUUAUAAGCAUUUGUAUGGCGGUGUUGUGUUCAUGGAUAGUUUGCCCGUAAGUCCAGCUGGAAAGGUCAUGAAAAGGUGGAUCCGGGAACAACUUAUGAAGAAGGGUAGUUAGAAGAUGUUAGAAUAGCACGCAUUUCUUAGUAAACCAGUUAAGACAUCGACUGUCGAAUGAUAAG